UAAAUUGAGGCAUUUUUAAGCAUUGGCUUAGAGUUAAAGCGCAGCAGGCAAGUUGCACCGCAUUGGUUCCUUCCUUCGCUAUUUGUUUCAAAUCGCCGUCACUUUCCUGAAGAUCUUCCUCAACCAGAGUGAUCCCACAAUACCCCGGCCAGAAAAGCGACCCAUCGGCGAUCGAUAUGGGUGGAGCCCAGGCUAUCAAAAGGAUUCCUCGCAUCAAGUUCCCCAAACGACAUCCCAACCCCUCUGGUUCAACUUCCAAGACUCCAUCAAGCAGUGGGGUGGAUGAUCAAAUUUUCUUCUCAUCUUUGGAACAAACUGCCUCCAAAACUGUUGGAGGAAAAGCAUCCCUUCAGCCGAAAAGGACACCCUUGUCCAAUGAGGAGAUUGAGGCUAUUUUGCUGGGUGGCUGCAUCUGAUGAGCUUUGAGAGUGAAUAUGGUUGGGGUCAUUCUUUUCUACUAUUUCAUGUUAUAGUUUCCAUUUUUGAACUUGAAUCAUAUCAUGUCAUCAUAACAUUGUGAAAUUUCUAUAUGUAAAGGAAAUGUUUAAUUUAAAUCUUCUUUAAUAAGGGGAAACUUUAUACUUAUUCAAAUCAAAUGCAGCUUUGAAGACUCGAU